AUGGCGCAAGCAAACGUUUUAAAUUACGGAAUUAUUUCCGUGCGAGAAUGCCAGUGCAGAGGACGAAAUGAUAAUCAGAUGAUGAACACUGAAUAUGUGACCAACUACGGGGUUAUGACGACGCGCAAAUGCCAAGGGGAAACCAAUCCGCCAACUCUUAAAUUGAAAUCCUUUAUAAAUCGCGGAAUUUUGGUGCUCCACAAAUGCCUCUGUAACUCGGAACUGCUGCAGAUCGACAAAUUGACUAACUACGGAAACCUGGUUAUCUGCAAGAGCACCUGUAAGUUGGUCAAGCGUAAUGGGCUCAAGGCCUUCGAAUCCCCGGAAAAUCUGGCUGAAAUAGGCUCCAUGAAACCAGGUGUGACUCCCCAGAUGUCCCCAGGUCGUCCAUUGGACCUAAGCGCCUCAUCUAGUGUAGAUAACAGUACAAAGGAAAAUUCGUUUGGGAAAAAUUUAACCAAUUCAAGGGAGUUUACUGAAGCACCUGGUAGUUCUAAAAAUCAGCUGUACCUAAGUGUCCCAACGGAAGUCACUGAUCUUCCGGCAAUUACCACAAAUAAUCCCUUAAAACGACAAAGGAAAUGCACAGAUACCGCGGAAAAUCCGCCAAAGAAGCUAUGUUUGGUCCCGGCAAACCAAUCUCUCGGCAGCUCUUUGAAAAACACUACAAAUCUGACUAAUUUGGUUUCACCUAAUGAUCCAUUAAAACGCCCAAUGGAAUCCACUGAAACUUUGCAACAUCCUCAAAAAAAGCUCAGCUUGGUCUUGGAGAACAAUUCUUCGCCACAUGAUCUAGGACCACCCAAAGUAGAGACUACUGCGGUCCAGAUACCACAACCACGUCUAGUAGUCAUGUGCACACCUUGCUCCAAGGAUCUGCACGAUUAUCUGAGCGAUCCAAAAAAUGACGAGCUAAAACCGAAAAAGACAAAACUAAGGUGCCCUCACUGCUUGAACGUUAAGGCCAAUAAAAGAGAUUUCAGCUCUCACAUCGCCACUUGUCAGCAGGAGCACAAGCCCUACGAGUGCAUAGGGUGUGCCUAUAAGUCCACCAAAAAAAGUUGUGUUACUGGACACUCUUCAACUUGUUUCUAUCUCCUUUCCGCCAAGAAAUUUGAACGACGUUGUUUAUCAACACAUCACUCUAAUAAUUAA